AUGCAUUUGAAAAGCAAGCGUCUGGAAACGUUUACUUCAUGGCCAUUCCAAGAAGAUUGCGUGUGUACACCAGAACGGAUGGCAGCUGCUGGUUUUUAUCAUUGUGGUAAUGAUAAAGAACCUGACUAUGUCCAAUGUUUUGUGUGUCAGAAAGAAUUGGAUGGAUGGGAACCUAAUGAUGACCCUGUGAAAGAACACAAACAACACUCAAAAGACUGUAAGUUUUUAAAAAUGAGAAAAUCCACUGAGGACCUAACACUGGAUGAGUUUUACAAAUUUAUAGCUUUGAUUUGCAAAACAAAAGCAAAAAAACAGUUGGAAGAUGGUUUACAUGAAUUACAAACUCAUGCUGAAAUACUGACAACCAAAGGGGCACCUGUCGAAAGUAUGCCUUGCCAAGAAACCAGUGGCAUUGCCACAACCAAAAUCAUCAAAGGAAGCAGUGAGGCCAGAGAAGUCCAGCCAGGUGAGUGGAAGGAGGUAGUGAGGAGAGGACAGAAGGCUGCAGCCCCUCCUCCCCAGCAGAAUGUCCUACAGGCCAAGUAG